AGAACACACCAUACCAACACUCAGCGGGCCACUUUCAACAACAAUGAGAUCAUUGAGACCACCUCCCAUGGAUCGCGCUAACCUCACUGCAGAAAUUUCGGCAGAUGCAAGAACAGGGUGUCCGCCAUGAUGACCCCGAGUACCUGAAGGCUCACAAUCUCCUCACUGCUGUGCAACGCCAGACGGUUUACAACAAGCAGAGACAGUUCGCGCAGCAGCAACUUCAGGCGCAGCAACGUCAGCAGCACCUGCAGCAGGUGAACGGUGCUGGCCAGGACGGUACCCCCAACGGCGUUCAUGCCCGCAAUGGAUCCGUUGCUUCGUCUACUGGCGGACAAGAGUCGAAUGCUACCGCUGCAGGUGGCCAGUCUCAACCCUCAGGGCAGACUGCCGCUUCCGCGCAGAAGGGUGCUCCAGCUGCGAAUGGAAGCUUCUCCCCGGACCAGCUGGCUAGACUCCGAAACCAGAUUGUUGCAUUCAAGAUGCUGACGAAGAACGUUGCCAUCCCGCCGUCUCUCCAACAGCAGCUCUUUGCCUCCAAGAAACGUCAGCCUUCCACUCCCGCUGAUAAUCUAGCUGCCGCAGAAUCUGUGCUGGAGAAUGCCUCCCGCGGUCGCAGUGAACAGGCUGCUGAUAGCGCAGAGAAGGUCGAGCAGCCGAAGAGCUGGUACGAGAGCUUUGAGUCUCCCUACGAACUUUUUCCGAGCUCGAUCAACUAUGCGGAUCACUCCAUUCGUACCAAUCGACCAUACAUCCCUAGCUUGAUGCCCAUGGGCAUCGACCUCGAGCAGGUACGAGAAGACAGGGAAAUGGCUCUAUAUAACAGGAUCACUGCUCGCAAGGCCGAGCUGGCCCAGCUGCCAGCUAACUUAGGAGUUUGGGAUGCGAGCAAGAGUGAGACUCCUACCGGAGAUGAUUCUCUCAAGUUGAAGGCCUUGAUUGAGUACAAGAUGCUCAAUCUGCUCCCCAAGCAAAGAGCCUUCCGUAAGCAGAUCCAGAAUGAGAUGUUCCAUUUCGACAAUCUUGGCAUGACCGCGAACCGCUCCAGCCACCGCCGCAUGAAGAAGCAGUCUCUGCGGGAGGCAAGAAUUACCGAGAAGCUCGAGAAGCAACAGCGGGACGCUCGCGAGACGCGCGAGAAGAAGAAGCAGUACGAUCAAUUGCAAGCUAUCGUGAACCACAGCCACGAGGUGCAAAAUGCAGCCAACCAGCAGCGCGCCCGCAUGCAGAAGCUCGGACGCAUGAUGCUUCAGCACCACCAGCACAUGGAGCGUGAGGAGCAGAAGCGUGUGGAGCGUACUGCCAAGCAACGUCUUCAGGCGCUGAAGGCCAACGACGAGGAGACUUAUAUGAAGCUGCUGGGCCAGGCCAAGGACUCCCGUAUCUCACACUUGCUCAAGCAGACCGAUGGUUUCCUCAAGCAGCUCGCCGCUUCCGUCAGGGAGCAGCAGCGCAGCGUGGCCGAGCGGUUCGGCGAAGAAGACCAGUUCUACGAAGAAGAAGGCGAAGACGAAACUGAUGAAGAAGAGGGUGGCAAGAAGAUCGAUUACUACGCUGUUGCUCACCGCAUCAAAGAAGAAGUCACGGUGCAGCCUUCUAUCUUGGUUGGUGGUACGCUCAAGGAGUACCAGCUCAAGGGUCUGCAGUGGAUGAUCUCUCUUUACAACAACAACCUCAACGGUAUUCUGGCAGAUGAAAUGGGUCUUGGAAAAACCAUCCAAACGAUCAGUUUGAUCACUUACCUUAUCGAAUUCAAGAAGCAGAACGGUCCAUUUUUGGUUAUUGUACCUCUCAGUACGCUCACCAACUGGAAUUUGGAGUUCGAGAAGUGGGCCCCAUCUGUGGCGAGGAUCGUAUAUAAGGGACCUCCCAAUACACGAAAGCAGCAACAGCAGGCCAUUCGCUGGGGCAACUUUCAGGUGCUUCUGACCACUUAUGAAUACAUCAUCAAGGACAGACCUGUUCUGAGCAAGGUGAAAUGGAACCAUAUGAUCGUCGAUGAAGGACAUCGUAUGAAGAACGCCCAAUCCAAGCUCAGCAGCACCUUGACUCAAUAUUACACCAGCCGCUAUCGGUUGAUCUUGACCGGAACUCCUCUGCAGAACAACCUGCCUGAACUCUGGGCCCUGUUGAACUUCGUCCUGCCGAACAUCUUCAAGUCCGUGAAGUCGUUUGACGAGUGGUUCAAUACUCCAUUCGCCAACACCGGAGGCCAAGAUCGGAUGGAACUUAGCGAAGAAGAGCAGCUGCUGGUCAUCCGGCGUCUGCACAAGGUUCUUCGGCCAUUCUUGCUGAGACGUCUCAAGAAGGAUGUCGAGAAAGAUCUGCCGGACAAGCAGGAGCGUGUCAUCAAAUGCCGUUUCUCUGCCUUGCAGGCCAAGUUGUACAAGCAGCUUGUCACCCACAACAAGAUGGUUGUCAGCGAUGGCAAGGGAGGAAAGACCGGUAUGCGUGGUCUCAGCAACAUGCUGAUGCAGCUUCGAAAGCUCUGCAACCAUCCCUUCGUGUUCGAGCCCGUUGAAGAUCAGAUGAACCCUGGUCGUGGUACCAAUGAUCUGCUGUGGCGAACGGCAGGAAAGUUUGAGCUUCUCGACAGGAUCCUUCCCAAGUUCCGGGCUUCGGGGCAUCGUGUGUUGAUGUUCUUCCAGAUGACGCAGAUUAUGAAUAUCAUGGAAGAUUUCCUCAGACUCCGUGGCAUGAAGUAUUUGCGUCUUGAUGGUUCUACAAAGUCGGACGAUCGGUCAGACUUGCUGAAGAUCUUCAACGCACCGAACUCCGACUACUUCUGUUUCCUUCUUUCUACUCGUGCCGGAGGUUUGGGUCUUAAUCUGCAGACUGCAGACACUGUCAUUAUUUAUGACUCGGACUGGAACCCUCACCAGGAUCUGCAGGCCCAGGACCGUGCGCAUCGUAUCGGUCAGAAGAAUGAAGUGCGCAUUCUCCGUCUGAUCAGUUCUAACUCUGUUGAGGAGAAGAUCCUGGAGCGUGCCCAGUUCAAGCUCGACAUGGACGGUAAGGUCAUCCAGGCAGGAAAGUUCGACAACAAAUCGACCAACGAAGAGCGUGAUGCUCUUCUGCGAACUCUCCUGGAGAGUGCCGAGGCAGCCGAUCAGCUCGGCGAGCAGGACGAAAUGGAUGAUGAUGAUCUCAACGAGAUCAUGGCUCGCUCCGAAGAUGAGCUGGCGCUGUUCCAGCGCAUCGACCAGGAGCGACUCAAGAACGAUCAGUAUGGGCCUGGUCGUCCCCUUCCCCGUCUGAUGGGCGAGUCCGAGUUGCCGGACAUUUAUCUGACGGAAGAAGCGCCGGUUACAGACGAGGUGCCAGUCGAUGAAUUGGCCGGACGCGGUGCCCGUGAGCGCAAGGUCACUAAAUAUGACGAUGGCCUCACUGAGGAGCAGUGGCUGAUGGCGGUUGAUGCUGAUGAUGACACGAUCGAGGAUGCUAUCGCCAGGAAAGAGGCUAAGAUCGAGCGCCGUCGCAACAACAAAGAAAAGCGGGCGCGCAAGAAUCAAGGCAUCGUCGAGUCAUCUCCUGAGCCCUCUCGUGAAAGCUCAGAAACUCCUCAGCCCAAGAGGCGUCGCAAGGGGCCCGCGCCUAAACGCAAGGCAGAAUCUGAGCUGGUCGAAGAGACGCCGCCUACCAAGCGCAAGAGGGGCAAACCGGGCAAGGUUGUCGAGACCCUCAGUCCGGCUGACCGCGCGACAUUGCAGAAGAUCCUCACCGCUGUCUACCAGGUGUUGAUGGAUCUCGAAGAGGAGCUUGCUCCUGACUCGUCUGACAGCGAGGAUGAGACGGUUACCCGCGCUAUCAUUGAGCCGUUCAUGAAGCCUCCGCCCAAGUCACAAUACCCUGAUUAUUACAUGAUCAUCCAGAACCCGAUCGCCAUGGAUAUGAUCAAGAAGAAGAUCAAUCGCGAGGAGUACCAGAGUCUGAAAGAGUUCCGCGAUGACAUCCACCUUCUCUGUCAGAAUGCGCGGACCUAUAACGAGGAUGGCAGCAUUCUGUUCCAGGACGCCAACAAGAUUGAAUCUACUGCUAUCAGUGAAAUCAAGAAACAACUGGAAAACUACCCUGAUUUUGCCAACCCUGAUGAGGCUGACGCUGCGGAUGGCCAGUCUACUGCUGUCUCCGGUGCCGGGACACCGUCGGGCCAGCCCAAGUUGAAACUCACAUUCAACACCGGGAACCGAGACAGUGCCAAUGAAACAAAUAGCGGUGCUGUGAGUGACGAAGAAUGAAGUGACUGGGCACUCAAUCAUCGGCAACGCGGGUCUUCGGUGACCUUCUCUGCGAACGCAUAGUCGAGGCUAUCGGUUUCUCUCUCUGGGAGGGAGUUGGUGGAGUAUCGCGCGUGCAGUCUCGUUGCUGAACUUUUCUUUUUUGCGGUUCUGACAUUCAGGAAGGCGUUAUGUGACAACGAAACAGGCGAUAGGAUGACGGUUGGUGGCUACGGUGCAAUACGCAAUCAAUCAAUUUGAGAUUGGGAAGUUAAUUUUCUCUUCACUUCUACUGUUAGCCAUUACUAGAUCAGAGGAUACUCAUUUAUUCCCGUUCUGCUUGGUUUGCACCAUUUGUUUCGACGUAUAUGAUGGCUUGUGUACGAUUCAGUGUAGUUUAUGGACCUAUCUAUUCUUGAUCUUCUACCUUUUCCGCUAACUUCCGCAUCAUAUCUAAAUCUUAAUUUAUUCUUGUAUCGCGUCUUUAU